GGAAAGCAUAUCUCUGCCCACCAACAUUUUAUGUUUGCGGACUGUCCAUCUUUCCCUAGACAACGCCAUGAUUUCAAUUGGACAUGUUUUCUUCUGGCUUGUGCUCUCUUUAGAAGGAACUGCACAAGAGCCAACGUGCAAGCCUGGAAAGAAGAACCAACAUGUUAUGUGGAGUUGUUACACAGACGGAAAUAAUAGAACGUGUUACGAAAAGAGUUUCUAUUACAAUGCUGGUGCAGAUCAGUGUACACAAUUCAGUUAUAACGGAUGUGGUGGAAAUGGGAACAAUUUUCCCUCGCUAGAGGACUGCACAGCCCACUGCAAAAAAGGACUCACAGAGUGGGAUCGCAAACUCAUAAAGUACAUCAAGGAAAAGAAUCUUGUCAACUGCACAACCCCUUAUCGACGUUCGAUGAACGACGGCAAUAUCACACGGUUUCACUAUGACAGUAAAGAAAAUAAAUGCAGGAGGGUUAAUGUCUCUAACGGCGAUGGCUACUUUCCCGCACUGCGUCACUGCUUCUCCAUGUGCAACACAACAAAAAUCGUCCCGCGGAGGUGUAAGAGGCCAAUGGGACUUGGAUCUUCGCCAGUAGAUGGGUGGAAGUGUCGUUACGAAACGAGCUAUAUGACCCUUAUUUGCUACAAGCCAAAAAUUAUACGAUAAUAAAGACGUGCUAGUUAAACACUACGAACUUGGAAGAA